AUGCCCAUUCUUCGAGGAAUUAAGGCUGUAGACGACAAUGCUGACCAGAAGGGGUCCACAAACCGAGACAGUUGCAGGAGGCGAGACCUAGUUCUGAAGAAAAGCAGCAGCUUGUACAGACUUGAUCCUUAUCUGGAUGAAAAUGACAUCAUCAGAGUCGGUGGACGGAUCAGAAGAGCUAACGUUCCGAGGGGAGUCAAACAUCCAGUCCUGCUGCUUAAAGACAGUCACAUCACCAGGGUAAUAGUCCGGCAUUUCCACGAAAGGACCGGUCAUGGAGGUCGCAACAUGACUCUGAAUGAGAUCCGAGCCCAAGGAUAUUGGAUAACAUCUGCAAGAUCCAGCAUCACGUCCUGUCUGAGUAAAUGUGUCAUCUGUCGUAAGCUGAGAGGACCCCCCUUGGGUCAGAAGAUGGCCGAUUUACCUGAAGAUCGCAUGAAAGAAGCUCCACCAUUUACUUACGCCGCAGUCGAUUAUUUUGGCCCCUUCCUUGUUCGUCAGGGCCGGAGUGAUCCAAAGAGAUAUGGAGUCUUGUUUACCUGUCUGAGCUCGAGAGCCAUACAUAUCGAGACAGCUAACUCGCUGAGUACGGAUUCCUUCUUAAAUGCAUAUCGUAGAUUCGUGUGUCGCCGUGGCCCCGUAAGACUUUUGAGAUCGGACCAAGGAACGAAUUUUGUCGGCGCCAAAAGUGAGUUAGCUGCAGCUCUGGCAGAAAUGGAUGAAGACGGGGUGAGGAGACGCUUACUCUUAGAUGGAUGUGAUUGGAUUAAGUUCGAGAUGAACGUACCCCAUUCUUGUCAUAUGGGUGGGGUAUGGGAGAGGAUGAUCCGAUCAGCUAGAAACGCGCUGUCUGCACUACUUGUUACUCACGGAGACCGAUUGGAUGACGAAAUGCUGCGAACAUUGAUGGUUAAGGCUGAAGCCAUCGUAAACAGUCGCCCAUUGACGUGUGUAGAUACCAACUCGCCUGACACACCGGAGCCAUUAAGUCCCAGCCAGCUGCUUACAAUGAAGACAAGGGUCAUCAUGCCGCCGCCAGGCAACUUUCAACGAAACGACAUCUACUGCCGUCGCCAAUGGAGGCGGGUACAAUAUCUAGCAAACGAGUUUUGGUCUCGCUGGCGGAAGGAAUUCUUGCCAACACUACAGGAAAGGAGAAAAUGGACCAAGUCGUGGCCAAGCCUGGCCAUAGGUGACAUCGUGUUGGUUAUCGAUGACGGAGUCGCAAGGUGUAACUGGCCAAUGGGGAGAGUAUUAGAGACGUUUCCUGGGAAGGACGGACUCGUUAGGAAGGCACGCAUACAGGCUGGACAGUCAGUUUUGGAUCGCCCUGUUCACAAGUUGAUCUUGCUGCUGAAACCAGCUACGCCAUCUGUUGUUGAGGAUAAUACAGACAAUUGGGACUGA